GCCAGUGGGUGUGGUGUAACUUACUCCAAAUAGGCCCGACACAAAGUGGUGAGGCAGCUUUUCCCCCCCCUUUCUGCCGCACCGCGCAAACGCAGCAAGCGGAGCAACAAACGGGCCGCGGAUUAGCGCUUAUAAAUAAGACGUCAUUACCCAGACACGUCACCGUUUUCAAGGAUGAACUUCAAGAACCUGAGGGAGUACCUGGCCUGGCUCUACUACCAGUACCUUCUAAUCACCGGCAUCUACGUGCUGGAGCCUUGGGAGAAGUCCAUUUUCAACUCGGUCCUGUUCUCGGCCGUCGCCAUGGUGAUCUACACCUCCUACGUUUUUGUGCCUAUCCACGUGCGCCUGGCGCUGGAAUUCUUCUCCGGCAUCUGCGGUGGCCAGCCGGAGAGCGCCAUGACCCUCAUGAACUAAGAUGGGCCGCAUGAUUAAGAAUGGACUCGAUUAUGUGCAAACGAUUAAUCGACUGCUUGAUUCACUUUAGUUUGUGUGUAAAGAGCGACAUGACAUCGGCAAUGGGAAGCUGAACUAACGCGGGGAGCCCUCAGAACAAACUAUUCAUCGGAUUUAUCGAGCAAAGGUAAUCAAAAACCCACCUCUACCUUAACCCAAAUCAGUUCUCCGAGCCAAUCAAGAUGAAUAUCACAAGGUUUCAUUUUAAACCCCCUCGUGUGGUAUUUGAUUCUCAACGGAUGUUUUCACAUUCUUGCUGCAAGUCUUCCUCCAUCCCUCCGAUGUUUUAACUGCCGGUAUGCUAGGAAGGUGUGCUCGUCACUGAGCACCAGCAAAUAUUGAUUUAGCGCGCCCUCGGACUGUACGCGUGGGGUUUGGUUUUUGCUUUGAUCAGGCUUUGCAUGAUCUGCGGCUUACUCGGCCCAAAAGAAAUGUUUUGUUGGAACAUGCUGCAGAUUUUAAAGGGCCUGCAUGAAAAGCAAAUUUCACGUCACGCUAUAGUAAGUCUACCAGUGGUUCUCAAUUUUUUUGGGUUCCACGGACCCCCUUAUGAGCCGAAUGCAAAUGACUACCAUGCCAGGUGCAUCUCUAAAUGAAUUAAAACUCUUUUUGAG